AUUUUAACAUCAAGUUACCCAAUGGCUUCAUUGUAUGAAAAAGAUCUUCACCCAGAUGUCACCGAAGAUAUGUUGUUUGAGAAGUUUUCAACAGCAGGUCCAGUCCUCAGUAUCCGUGUCUGUAGAGAUAUGAUCACAAGACGUUCACUUGGUUAUGCUUAUGUCAACUUUCAGCAGCCAGCAGAUACUGAGAGAACUCUUGACACAAUGAACUUUGACACCAUCAAAGGUCGACCAAUAAGAAUCAAGUGGUCACAAAGAGAUCCAUCUCUGAGAAAAUCUGGUGUUGGCAACGUAUUCAUCAAGAAUCGUGACAAGAACAUUGACAAUAAGGCAUUAUACGAUACAUUCUCUGCCUUUGGAAAUAUUUUAUCCUGUAAGAUUGUCUGUGUUAAGAAUGGAUCACGUGGAUACGGAUUUGUACAUUUUGAGACUGAGGAAACAGCCAGAAAUGCUAUUGAAAAAGUAAACGGCAUGUUGUUGAAUGGAAAGAAAGUGUAA